GCCCUGCCUCUCUGUGGCUAACGUUGCGGCCUGGACUGGGGAACGCAACACGGACAAAUCGGGCGUGCUCUUCCGUUAGUUCCACCUCCUGCCAGUGAUUGGCUGGUGUUCUAAGAGAAUAAAAUGAAGGACCAGGAAGUACAGAAGAGCACAAACCCUGAGCUGCCACAGAGCUCCUCCACUCCAUCACUCACCGCUGCCUCCAUACCGAGCCAGCCACAAAACGCAUCCGGUCCAUGCGAUUCCACUACCCCUGUCACCGAAGGAGAGGGAGCCAUCAGUCAUCCUCCAGGUGUGUGUGAUGUGUCGGAGGAACUAAGUCGGCAGCUUGAAGACAUUUUAAAUACAUAUUGUGUGGAUGAUGGUCAAGAAGGGGUUGCAGAUCCUGAAGAGACUGACAAAGGUCCUCCAGAGUCUAGGAAUGGAGAAACUGAAACAGUGGUGCCAGAAGUCAAUGGAGUGAAGGAGGCAAUGCGAGUUGUAGAAGACCGUAAAACUAUUAAUGAACCAGAGAAAGAUCAAAAGCGUGUACAAGACAAGAAGAAGUCAAAGGGACUUGGUAAGGAGAUCACACUACUUAUGCAGACUUUGAACACAUUGAGUACCCCAGAAGAAAAACUGACUGCUUUGUGCAAGAAAUAUGCAGAAUUGUUGGAGGAGCACAGGACUUCCCAGAAGCAAAUGAGGAUUCUUCAGAAAAAACAGAGUCAGCUUAUUCAAGAGAAGGACCAGCUACGCAAUGAACAUAGCAAGGCCAUCUUAGCUCGUAGUAAAUUGGAGAGUUUGUGCAGAGAACUGCAAAGACACAACCGCACACUGAAGGAGGAAGGGGUACAAAGAGCCCGGGAGGAGGAAGAAAAACGGAAGGAGGUAACCUCUCACUUUCAGGUGACCCUCAAUGACAUCCAAUCGCAGAUGGAGCAACAUAAUGAGCGCAACACUAAGUUACGUCAAGAAAACGUGGAGCUGGCUGACAGGCUUAAGAAACUGAUUGAACAAUAUGAGCUUAGGGAGGAGCAUAUUGAUAAAGUAUUUAAACACAAAGACCUUCAACAGCAACUGGUGGAUGCUAAACUGCAGCAAGCUCAAGAGAUGCUCAAGGAAGUUGAGGAGCGACACCAACGGGAAAAGGACUUUCUCCUAAAAGAAGCGGUGGAAUCCCAGAGAAUGUGUGAACUCAUGAAGCAACAGGAAUCCCACCUCAAACAGCAGCUGGCUCUGUACACUGAGAAGUUUGAAGAAUUUCAGAGCACGCUUUCUAAAAGCAAUGAAGUUUUCACAACCUUCAAACAAGAAAUGGAAAAGAUGACAAAGAAGAUCAAAAAGUUGGAAAAGGAGACCACUAUGUAUCGCUCCAGAUGGGAAAGUAGCAAUAAAGCGCUAUUGGUGAUGGCUGAAGAGAAAACUUUGCGUGAUAAAGAGCAAGAGGCUUUGCAGGCCAAAAUCCAAAGAUUAGAGAAACUCUGCCGGGCUUUACAGACAGAACGUAAUGACCUAAACAAGAAGGUGCAAGGCUUAAGUGGGCCACAGGUCCCUUCUGCGGAGGCCACCGAGGAGUGUGCGAGCUGUACAACACCUGCUAUCAGUGAGAAUGUAGAACUGAACAGCAGUGAUGUGUGUGGGCAAAAUGCACUUCAAGCAGCACCACCACUGCCACCUCUUCCAACUGCCAUGCCUGAGUAAUGCAGACAGGAGUCAGUGCUGCAUAUCUAAUCCCGAUUCCUUUUUUUUAUGAUGGCUUCCACUUUUAUAUCCCACAUUCCACAUCUACCUAUUUGCUUUUAUUUGUUUUUGUUUUGUUUUUUCCUUUUUUGAGUACAAUAUCUGCAACAAAUGGUAAAAACAGAACCUAUCCACAAAUGCAGUUUACUAUAUUCACUUUUAGCAAACGGUCCAAGAGGUCCCAUCUGCAGGUUAUCUAUGCGGUUUAUAGUUUGUUGUGGAUUUUGGUAGACACUAAUUGGCUUCAUACUUUUUGAAUAAACUGGUUAAUAAAGAUGUUUUUUAAAAGAUUUUCGUUCACUGAGCAAUGGUGACAUAAAUGGUUUUAUGUUGGAAGAUUUAGCCAUUGCUACAAUGAACAAAAGAUUAUUGCAGAAUAUGUCUGCCUCGUGCAUACGAUUGCUAGAAAAGAAACCUGCUGUUACUGGUAAUUACUCUGGGACCACAUCAUACAUUAUCUUCCCAACAGUUCUAUAUUCAGCUGUGCCGCCCACCACACUAUUCUCUUCAUUCAUUUGCAGUAAAUAUAACCUCCUCAUGGGCCUAUUUUCUGAGUCUUUAUUUUUCAUAAGAAUGACUACAAAAUAGUUGACAGUGUCUACACUCUGUGCUGCUUAAUAAAUAGUUCUAUUACAGUU